UUUCCUGUAAAUGCGGAAAUUUACAUGUAGCUGCUUAGCGUAAACAACAUUAAUUAAUCGCGUCUGUGAUGACUUUGAUUGCUGCAUAAUGUAAUAACAAUGCCUUAGUUUUAUCAAUAACCGUAAGCCAUGUAAAUCCAUUUAGAUGCUUUGCCAUAAUGUGAAAAUGAAUAUCAAGGUUAUGUCCCUUGUAUGUUAAACAUGACUGGGCCAGGGAAAUACGAGGCAGGCCCAAUUUUGAACUUCUGUAUACCAUAGCAUAGUUACAGCUAUUCGGUAUGUUCCCAUCUCCAUCUGACAUAUCUGGCCACACAUUUCUCUCUGACGAGAAUGCAGCAAAAUGGAAAGGCAUCUUCAUCAAUGCUUUGAGAGGGGUGCAGCGUCAGGUGCACCCUGGCCUGAGUGCGAAGGAUGAUGCUCUGGAGUACAUAGAGCAGCUGAUGAUGCAGCUCCUCGUGACCCUGUGUCACUCACAGCCCCACACCGUGCAGGACGUCGAGGACCGCGUCCAGAAGACUUUCCCUCAUCCCAUUGACAAGUGGGCAAUAAGAGAUGCUCAAGGGGCUCUGGAGAAGGGCAAGAAGAACUCCUCUCUGGUGCUUCCUGUUGAUAAAGUGCAUCCCCUACUCAAAGAUCUGUUGGGACAUAAGGUGGACUAUCAGGUGGCUUUGUAUAUCGUGGCUGUUCUGGAAUACAUUGCUGCAGACAUUUUGAAGUUUACUGGGAUCUAUGUAAAAAAUAUUCGACAUAAUGAAAUAACUUCACAAGACAUCAAAAUUGCAAUAUGUGCAGACCAGGUGUUGAUGGAUAUGUUCUCCCAAGAGGAAGACAAUAUGUCCCUGACCGUGGAAGAUGAACCAGUGCACAGAGAGUCAACGACGUAUGAGGAAAUAGUGAAAGACUUCAUUGUAGAAGAAACCCAGUACAUGAGAGAUCUCAACAUGAUCAUCAAAGUCUUUAGAGCACCAUUUGUUGAACUGUUUCCCAGGAGCAAGGAUCUGGAGGUGAUAUUUAGCAACAUCAUAGAUGUCUAUGAGUUCACAGCCAAACUCCUUAGCUCUGUUGAGGAUCAGGUUGAAGUGGCAGAUCCCAAAGAAUCGCCAACAGUGGGAACAAGCUUUGAAGAUGUGGCAGAGGGAGAAGAAUUCAAUGUUUAUGAUAAAUAUGUGGAUGACAUGUUAGCACCACAUGGGAAAGAGCGACUAAAUACAUUGUUGUUGAGAGGUGAUGUCAGUGACUCUUUGUUAAAGUGUGCUGGUCAAGGUUUAAAAGAUGCCACAAAGUAUGUGCUUCCAAAACUUCUUCUGGGGCCAGUCUAUCACUGUUUUCAUUACUUUGAGGUCUUAAAAGCUCUGAUAGAAAAGAGUCCUACCAGUGAGGACAGAGAGAGUUUGGAGCAAGCUAAUGGUCUUCUCCAGGCUCUUAAGGCAUCUCUCGAGAGGAAGCUUAGUGGUAGUGUGCACAAGAGAAAACCUUGGGAAAUCUCCUUACGCCUGACCAGUCAGAUUGGUCGUACAGCUGUGCUGAAGAAAAUGACAGAGGUUCAAAGGAGCAUCGAUGGCUGGGAGGGCAAGGACAUCUGGCAGAGUUGCAGUGAAUUUGUUAUGGAGGGCAAGUUGAGUAAAUACACAGGUCGACAUAAAUCAGAACGGCAUGUUUUCCUCUUUGAUGGAUUAAUAAUCUUGUGCAAGCAGAAUGUACGACGAUCAUCAGUUACAGGUCCCAUUGGAGAGUUCAAACUGAAAGAAAAGUUUUUUGUUCGAAAAAUUGAAAUUAUUGAUAAAGAAGACACUGAUGAAGUGAAGUUUGCGUUUGAUAUUCAGUUGAGGGAUCAUCCAGGAUCAGCGCUGGGCUUGAUUGCCAAAACGAGUGACGAGAAAGGGAACUGGAUGGCAGCUCUCAUAUCCCUUCAGACUCGAAGUAAUCUGGAACGUAUUCUCGAUGGUAUUAUUCGAGCAGAAGACAAAAAACAUCCUCUUCGGCUACCACCGCCAGAUAAAUACAGGUUUGCUGUUGAGGACUCGGAUGACAACAUUGUGUUUGAAGAGAACCAAGACCCAACUGUUGAGAGUCCAGUGAUCAAAGGGGGCCUGCUCCAUAAGCUGAUUGAAAGACUCACCUAUCACAUGUAUGCUGACCCCAAGUUCGUGCGCACAUUCCUCACUACCUAUCGGUCCAUAUGCAGACCUCAUGAACUACUUGACCUGCUCAUUGAAAGGUUUAAUAUACCAGACCCCUGUAUGGAUGACAUUGUAUCUGACGAUGGGAUUCAGGUCAGCUUGAGAAUACAAGAAGACCUCCGGCGAUUCCGCAAAGAAUACGUCAAGCCUGUACAGUUCAGAGUUGUCAAUGUUCUUCGUCACUGGUUUGACCAUCACUUCUAUGACUUUGACCGAGACAAGAGCUUGCUGGAUAAGCUCAUAGAUUUCUUAAACAGUGUCAAGGGAAAAGCCAUGAAGAAGAUGGCAGAAUCAAUAAUCACUGUUAUACACAGACGGUGUGAGUGUGCUGGGACAGAAAGAGAAUUUACAUAUCAAAAACAGCCACCUACAAUAGAAUGGCACAUUGCAAGAAAGAUAGAAGACUAUGAUCUGAUGACACUUCAUCCAAUUGAAAUAGCUCGUCAGGUGACUUUAUGUGAAUUUGAGCUAUACCGCGCAGUCCAGCCAUCGGAGCUAGUCGAGGGGGCAUGGGUCAAGAAAAACAAAGUAGUAGAAGCUCUCAACCUUCUCAAAAUGAUCUCCUUCUCCACAAUGUUCACAUUCUGGAUGGAAAAAUGUAUUGUGGAAACUGAAAAUCUUGAAGAGCGUGCCACAGUAGUUUCGCGGAUCCUUGAGGUUAUGUUAGUCUUCCAAGAACUGAACAAUUUUAAUGGUGUGUUGGAGGUGGUUGGCGCUCUGAAUUCCGCGUCUGUGCACAGACUAGAACACACAUACAAAGAGAUUAAUCACAAAUUGAUGAAAGCUUUGGAUGAUGCAAAGGAGCUCAAUUCUGACCAUUUUAGAAGAUACCAAGAAAAACUUCGCUCAAUCAACCCACCUUGUGUGCCAUUUCUUGGUAUGUACCUGACCAACAUUCUACUGACAGACGAGGGAAACCCAGACUUUCUGCCAAACCGACCACCAGGAUUGAUCAACUUUAGCAAGAGGCGAAAAGUUGCAGAAAUAAUAGCCGAGAUACAGCAGUACCAGAACCAACCAUACUGUCUGACUGUUGAACCUUCGAUUAAGGAAUUUUUUGACAAAUUAAACCCUCUUGACACUAUGUCAGAGAAGGAAUUCAAUGACUACAUUUAUAACAAGUCACUGGAAAUUGAACCCAGAAAUGCCAAACAGCUCCCAAAAUUUCCAAAGAAGUUUGAGUAUUCUUUGAAGUCUCCAGGCAUAAAACCCAUGGCUAAUCGUCACAGUACUUCAUCUCGGAGUCACCCUCUGGCAUUUGGCUUCACAAAAAGCCCUGACGACGACGACACUAUAUCACAGCACGUGGCUACACCACCAACAACGCCAUGCAGUCCGUUAACACCUCCCCACUCGUCAGGGGGCAGUAGCAACAGUGUCUUUACUUCAGAACAAAUUCAGAUACCGCCACAGAGACUGAGUACGAGCAGUUUAUCAAGUAGCAUUCCCUCCAACAUACCAGAAGAAAUGGAGGAGUGCAAACUAAAGCCUCCACCUCUGCCUCCGCGGCAGAGACACAGGGACUCUUUUACUGAGCCUGUGAGGUCAUUGUCUGUUCCAGAGCCUCCCCCUCCCCCGCCGCGGCAGGACGGGGAUAGACCUCCCCCUGUCCCUCCACGAAGAGACUCGGUUCGUGACAUUGUUCAUUGCAGUACAUUACCACGUUCACAAAGUGUCUCCCACCCCCGGCAGCCUGCUCAUCUACUAAAUAGUGCUACAUUGCCACGCCACCACUCGGAGCGCUUUAGCUCGGAGAGAAACUUUCAGAGUACGUCGAUGAUGGAUCUAAAUGGUGAUGACGGCUACACGCCGGAGCUGCCACCUAGGACUUACAAAUAUUCACAUUCAGAUAAAUACAGCAGCUAGGACUGUGUGCUAACAGAUGUUCAGCUUUGUGAUAACAGACUGGAAUGAAAGAGACAUUCAAACCAAAACAAGGUAGAUUGGACUACACCGUGGCAAAUUACUUUGUGAUAUCUGAACGCAGAUUUAAAACAAAUCAAACAGUGCUGCACUUUCCAAACACAACUUUUACUUCUACUUCCUCCCAAUUCAACUGGAAAAGUACUGCAUUUUUUAAUGCAUCCUGUUUAAGAUUUUUCUGUGUACCUUUGCAGUGGCGAUGGUGAUUGGAAGUCACGUUUUCUACCAACUUCAUUGACAUAAAAAAGCAAAAAACAAACAACCUUGUACAUAAUUAUGUAAUUACACAUGAUGGCAUAAAAGAAGGAAACCCAAGCAGGCUUGGAAUUUAUUCACAAAUGUCAAGAUGUGAUGCCAAUCUUUAAAAACAAUAUGUAUUGAUGCAAGCAAUUACCAUAUUGAAACUGAAGUCAAAGAAUUGUAUGUUUCUGCUUUAGUGUUAAAAUUUAAUGUCACAUGAAAACUCAGUCUGUCAGCUGAGUUUCUGGUCGACUUAACUGUGGGGCAAGUAUCGCUGUCUUAUGUGCAUUCCUUUCACAUCUUCUGGAGUAUUACUACACCAAGAUUGGGUUUUUUAUAUAGUUUAGACAAACUUGAAAGUGCAUGGCCCCAAAACAAUUGUUAGAGAUGCAUUUUACACAGGUUUGCAAAACUACUUUUAAAUUAUUUUCUUUUCCACAUGAGGAAUUCAUGUAUUCUUUGUCGAUUGAUUUUGGAGUAAAUUUUUUUGAAGAAGGACAAUAAAUUGCAGUUUUCUUUGAUAAUGCAACAGUUAAAGAUUUAGGUUAUUACUCUAAAUAAAGUCUUGUAGUAUUGCAGUCAGUAAUUCAGACAAUAUAUAUGUGUAUUAAAAAUACACUUGAGUGUUCAUUUAAUGCUAUAAAUUCCACAUGUGGGGGGAAAAUCUAGAUAAUUAAUGUUUGUGUCAUUGUUUUGGCUGAAUUCACAUGCAAUACUAUAUACAUUUGACUAAAUAUAUUGACUGAACUAAAAGUGGUCACACUUAAAAGAUGGUCUUCCUAAUAGUUCAGGCUUUGCUUCCAUAUCUACUGAUAACUGCAUUGUCAUAUACAGUGAAACUCCACUAAUAGGACCACGUGUAAGUUACAUGACGUAAUGGUAGUCAAUCAGUACAUUGAAUUUGCUAAUACAUGUACAUUUUCCUGGAAACAUGACUGUACUGUAAUUGUAUGGAAGUUGCUUUCAUGAAAAGGUGCCCAUGUAGUAACUGCUGUUAUCCAACUGCUUUUUUUAAAACCUGCUAAUGUGCUAUUGUCUUCAGAUUAGUUAGAAGACUGAAAUUAACACAUUUGGAUGUAAGUACGUUAAGCUAAAUGAGAAAUAAGCAAACAAAUAUGUAAGUAGGCUCUUGAGGAAUCUCCAAAAUUUCCGACAUCUUAAUGCUGGUUUUAGUGUUGCAAAUGGAUUUGAUUAGCUAAUCAAAUUUCUCGUCUUGUGCAGAUUGAAUUAAAAUGUACUCAUUAUAGCCGUAAAUGUGUAAAGUUGCAAUGUUUGUGAAUUUGUCUGUGGCCUCAGUAAAGCUAGAAUUGGUAGUUUUAUCAUCUGUAUGACAGGUUAUGGUCGCACUGGUUAAGUGAAAAUCUUUUUAAUAACUAAGAGCACUUCUGACUUCAUUAGUCAAAAUCUAUAAUAGCAGCAUCGUUUAAAGAAACUGGAGUUUGCUGCCAUUGUUGAGGCUUUACUAAAGACUAUAUCAUUUUUAGCCACUAAAAUAUUCAAUACAUUUUGUUUUUUUACAAUAAUAGUGUGUAUGUAAUCAGGUUUUUUUUCUUAUUGUCAUAAUGUUUGUAGUUGCUCUAAUUUAUUUUUAUUUUGGAACAAGAAAUAGCCCAAGAAAUUGUCUUUAAUAUGUAAUUAUAUUUAUUAAAAGGGAUCCAUUAGUCAGAAACAUGUUACAAUGGCAGAAAACUUGUUAUAGGCCCUUUAAUACCAGUCUGAGAGUAGUUUUGCUACAUUAUAGGAAAAUAUUCUGGAACCAAUUGGCAAUUCACAAAACAUUGUUACUUUGUGUUGACAAGUAUUUGAUAUCUAUUUCAUGAAGAAAAUGACAUAAUUAUGGAUUAUGAAUAGAGGUAUUUAAGAUAAAAGAAAAUUAUAUAUAUUUCAAGUUCAGUAAUUAUUAGGAUUGUUUUUUCUUUGUGGAUUUAUUAGCUUAGUUUUGCACCAUAAAUAUAACUGAAAAAUGAAUGUUAUAAUUCCAAACAGUGAAAAAAUAGAGAGUGAUAUAAACAUAAAUCACAACUGGUGCUCAAUAUUGAGUACAUUGGUAAGAUUUAUAAUUUAGCAUAUUCUGCUGUUAAUUACGUUGGAAUUCCUGUCAGUGUCACAAAUGUGAUGUCAUACAAACAUCAUUUAUGUCAUAAAAUUUGAAGGAACAUGCAUUUUGCUUCAGAAAAGAAUCAACAGUGAUCUUUUAAAGCAAGUACGUUAAGCUAAAUGAGAAAUAAGCAAACAAAUAUGUAAGUAGGCUCUUGAGGAAUCUCCAAAAUUUCCGACAUCUUAAUGCUGGUUUUAGUGUUGCAAAUGGAUUUGAUUAGCCAAUCAAAUUUCUCGUCAUGUGCAGAUUGAAUUAGAAUGUACAUGUACACGUUAUAACCGUAAAUGUGUAAAGUACAGUGUAUUCUGAAUUUGUCUCUAGGGCCCCGUUUCACAAAGCAAUUUUAGCACUAUGAUCACCUUAAGUGCAUAACUACCUUAUACACUUAUGGUGAUUGUAGGAUUAAGAUCGCUUCGUGGAACAGGGCCCUGGCUCUCUUUUCAUAAACGAACAUGUCAGUAUAUCAUGCAUAUUCAACAUGUACAUACUUGAAGUAUGUAGAUAAAUAUCAUGCAUUCACUUAAUUACUUUUAUGAAUACAAAGCCUGGUCUCUAAAUUAAAAGUCUUGAUAUUGGGUGGUCAUAACACUGAGUGGUUAUUGAAUGGGGUUUCACUGUAUAUGCAUAGAGUUAUACAGCAAAUGAAGCAUGAUCGUAAGCAGUUUAGGUUGUACAUCUUCUCAAGUGCAUUAUAUAAGAAGUGUGCAACUCACUUGUGCAGAUGGGGCAGUGUUCCUAGCUCACCAGCAGUGCAAUACAUUUAUCUGCAGACAUGGCAAAAAGAUCUUAAUUUGUAUGAAUUUGUGAGUGAAUGUGAUUGAAAGGUUGAUUUAGUUUUUCUUGCAUGCUAUUUAUCAAUUUUGACACAGCAUUAAACACAAAAAUAAGAGUUAAAAAUUUUCUGAUUUAAUUUUUUUUACUAUUACUAUAAUUAUGCUAAGAAAUAAUGAAAAAAUUAUGGUUAAAAACAUACAUUGACUGGUAUUUGUUAUGGUGUGAUCUAUCAUGCCGACAUUAAUAUUGAAUCUAUACUCUGUAUAAUUUAAUCUUGUUAUGUGCAAAAUGGAUGUCAGUGUGAAGUAUUAUUAUUAAAGCAAUAAUGAGUGUACAUGGUCCAAUUACAUGAUGUGUAAAAUAUGUUUGAACCAUAAAUCUGCUUCUGAUUGUAACUUUGCCGCUUUGCCAUCAUUUGUUUUGCUGUGUGACACGAUAGCCACGUUUAGAUUGUGGUGGCCUCUUUAACACCCAGCAUCAUGUCAUGAGAAACAUAAUGGCUGAACCAUUGUUGUUAAUGCAUCAUGUUCACUGGUAGACUUGGAAGAGAAGAAAAAGCCCUAAUACAAUACUUUUUCUGUGGUCAAUUUGAAAUCCAAUAUGGCUGCCCUAACCUGAUUAAAUGAAAUGUUUGAAGGGUUAACUGUUCAGAUUCAGUAUAACUGGUCUGGACAUACCUAUGUGUUACUUUAUUUCUAGAAUGUUUAAAGUAUCAUUUCUUUCAGGUUAUUUCACUAUUCAUAUUCAAGACAUUUUUGAUGUCUUGCAAAUGUUGUCAAUGUUGUUAAAAGGAACAUAAAAUUUGGAGUAUCCAUUAUGUUUUUUAAAAUGGAUACACUUUCUUCCGAUUUGUUUUUUCAUUGGGCUUGCCAAGUUUUCAUCUGGCAAUCUUUAUACUUGUUUUAGAAUUUUUAAUUUUAAACUUUUCCAAGAUUUAAAGAAGCCUAUGAAGUUAGAUUAUGUCUAUAAUGUUGACAUUACGUAAUGUGCCAAAUAAAUAUGGUCAUAGAGGCCAAGGCUUUUAUCAGCUUUUUUGAGAAUAGCUGAAGCAGUGUUAUUGAAGAUUGGCUUGAUGAGAUUUUGAUUUUCAAGUUAAUACAAAAUCCAUUGUGAGUGGAGUGGUCAGACUGUGGUAAUAGAAAUUGUUUAAAAUAUCAAGUAAUUAGGAUAGCAGCUUUACAUACCUGUCGUACAGGAUACUGAAUAUUUUAGCCAGAAAGACUUUCUAUCUUAUAAUUUACUGUACAAAUUAAUACUACAAUACCAUCUUUUUAUAUUACUUGUACAUUGAAAGAGAGUGUGUGUGUGUGUGCGCGUGCAUGUGUGCGUGUGUGUGUGUGCAAGCACAUGUGUGGUUGUGCGUUGUUGUGUUCUGUUUGUGUGAUUGCAGAAUACAAUGUUCCGUACAUCUACUAUUGGAGUGUUGAAGUCUGUGUCUGCAGUUUACUCCAAUCAACCCCAAAUUUAUAUAGAUACUUAAUAUGUACAUUUAAAGCCUCGUUCUGUAGUAAUACAUUUUUAAACCAAAAUGGGGAAAACAAUAAAAUGAAGUAUGACAUAA